AUGCAGCCAGCACCUCCAGCUGCAGCAGAAGCAGAAGCAGCAGCAGCAGUAGCAACAGCUGAGCAGCCCUCCCCUCCCUCUCCCCAGGCUCCCAGGCUCAGCCAACUCUGCCGCCCUCCGGGUGUGCCCAACAUGCUUCAGUGGAAGAAGACCGUUUACCGCUCCGUGUGCCUGUCCGUGGUGGUGCUGGCGGCACUGACGGUGCUCCAGCGAGGCCUGACCCCAGGCCAGCUCCUGCACUCCUCCCCGUCCGGCCUAGAGCGUGGCAAGUCCGGCGGCGUUUCCGAUACCGUCGGAUUCUGGAAGCUCCCCGGCAAGGCCGUGACCCCGGCGCCCACCGCCGGGGAGCCGCCGGCCUGGGACGUGAGGGCCUCCAACUGCUCUGCCAACACCAACCUGACGGGGCAAGCCUGGUUCCAGACCCUGGAGCCUCAUUUCCAGCAGUUCCUGCUGUACCGCCACUGCCGCUACUUCCCCAUCCUGAUGAAUCACCCCGAGAAGUGCGAGGGGGACGUCUACCUGCUGGUGGUCGUGAAGUCCGUCAUCACCCAGCACGACCGGCGGGAGGCCAUCCGGCGCACCUGGGGCCGCGAGCGGAAGGCCGAGGGGGGCCGGGGGGCCGUGCGGACCCUCUUCCUCCUGGGCACGGCCUCCAAGGAGGAGGAGCGAGCCCACUACCAGCAGCUGCUGGCCUACGAGGACCGCCUCUACGGGGACAUCCUGCAGUGGGACUUCCUGGACAGCUUCUUCAACCUGACGCUGAAGGAGGUGCACUUCCUCAAGUGGCAGGACACCUUCUGCCCGCGGGCCCGCUUCGUCUUCAAGGGCGACGACGACGUCUUCGUCAGCCCGGACAACCUGCUGGAGUUCCUGGCGGACCGGCGCCCCGACGAGGACCUGUUUGUGGGCGACGUCCUGUACCGCGCGCGGCCCAUCCGCAAGAAGGACAACAAGUACUACAUCCCGGGCUCCCUGUACAGCAAGCCCCUGUACCCGCCGUACGCGGGAGGCGGGGGCUUCCUCAUGGCCGGCGGGCUGGCUCGCCGCCUCUACCGGGCCUCCGAGACGCUGGAGCUCUACCCCAUCGACGACGUCUUCCUGGGCAUGUGCCUGCAGCUGCUCCGCGUGCAGCCCGUCGCCCACGUGGGCUUCAAGACGUUCGGCAUCAUGCGCAACAAGAGCAGCCCCCUGAACAAGGAGCCGUGCUUCUUCCGCUCCAUGCUGGUGGUGCACAAGCUUCUGCCCGACGAGCUGCUGCGCAUGUGGGAGCUGGUGCACGGCAACCUCACCUGCGCCCGCCAGCUCCGAGUGCUCUAG